AUGCACACAAGUAGACCGUUGCAUUUCCAUCUCAUAUGUACCGAGGACAAUAUUGCCUACAUGGAGAAGAAGUUUGCCUUGUUUCCAAGACCAGCGUAUACGAUUGAAGUGACCUAUUACCCUAUCACCACAGAACGCGUCCGCGACAGGGGCCAUCGUGCUGGCAUAGGAGAGCAAUGGAACCUUCUGAGCAAGGUUUUUAUGCACGAGUUACUCGUGGACGUCGAUAAAAUUAUAUUCAUGGACACGGACAUGAUAUUCCUCGUAGACCCUUUAGAGCUCUGGAACGAUUUCAACAAAUUCGAACCCUACACGCUCAUGUCAUUUCCCACACUAGGCCCUACCUCUCAUCUGGGACAAAUUUGCAGCUGUAUCAUGCUCAUGAACUUUACCCUCAUGCGUAAUCCUUCCGCCAUGUUCAUGCCUUCAACCCUCCUGCCAGAUACGCAGCACUCGUCUUUGGCAGUAAUGCCAUUUGCUCGCGGAGUAAGCGACGGAAUACCCAGCCCCGUAGCCGAUGAAACGGUAUCCUUUGAUCCCUACAACCCAUUCUUUGCCGACCAGGGAAUAUUUCACGUUAUAUGGCUCUAUAGACCGAUGAUGUUCAGGCAUUUAUCAUUGCGAUGGGAUGUCAGCACCUGUCGGCAACAGCUAGGCAUUUCUUUAGGCUCUUUCGGAGACGAACUGGAGGAAGAUAUGUCAGAAGAAGAUCAGUUGGGGCGGCAACUUGCGUUAGAAGGAAGCGGCGAAGAGCAUAUACUCAUGAGCCCCGGCAUAUUGCAUUUUAACUGCCAAGACAAGGACGACAUUUGGUUGUUCGAGGAGAAUCAUAACCCUAGUGCCAGGUUUGGUCCUAUGGUCACUACUGCAUUACGAUACAAAUGGAUAUGGCUGAACAGGGGAGAUGGCACCGCUAAAGUGAAAACUCGGACGGAAACUGAUAGUAGGUGGUGGGAUGAGCGAUUAGCACAGGCACAGGCUGGCCGGUGA